AAACUGGGGGUGGGGAAGGGCGGUCUGAAGACCUGACAAAGCCAAGUCCCGGUCUCUCCAUUCCCGCGGCUCUCAGAAAGUCUGACACCGAGCCUGUCCUUUCAGAUCACAGAAUCAUGCCCAUGACACUGGGUUACUGGGACAUCCGCGGGCUGGCUCAUGCCAUCCGCCUGCUCCUGGAGUACACAGACUCAAGCUAUGAGGAGAAGAGAUACACCAUGGGCGACGCUCCUGACUAUGACCAAAGCCAAUGGCUGAACGAGAAGUUCAAGCUGGGCCUGGACUUUCCCAAUCUGCCUUACUUAAUUGAUGGGUCACACAAGAUCACUCAGAGCAACGCCAUCCUUCGUUACCUUGGCCGCAAGCACGACCUGUGUGGGGAGACAGAAGAGGAGAGAAUCCGUGUGGACAUUUUGGAGAAUCAACUUAUGGACAACCGCAUGGUGCUGGCCAGGCUUUGCUAUAACCCUGACUUUGAGAAGCUGAAGCCAGGGUACCUGGAGCAACUCCCGGGAAUGAUGAGGCUCUACUCCGAGUUCCUGGGCAAGCGGCCAUGGUUUGCAGGGGACAAGAUCACCUUUGUGGACUUCAUCGCUUAUGAUGUUCUUGAGAGGAACCAAGUUUUUGAACCCAAGUGCCUAGAAGCAUUCCCAAACCUGAAGGACUUCAUAUCUCGCUUUGAGGGCCUGAAGAAGAUCUCCGACUACAUGAAAACCAGUCGCUUCCUCCCAAGACCUGUGUUCACAAAGAUGGCCACUUGGGGCAGCAAGUAGGGCCUUGGCAGGGUGGGAUGUGCGAUUGAGAUGCCAGAUUUCCUUGGUUUGCAGGGAGCCCUUCUCCUUCUUCCCAUCCCGUUCCAGACUCCAAACCUCACCAGCUCCCUUGGUUUGUCAUCCAAUCCCCACCCCACAUAGGCUCUUUAAAGCCCCAGCAACUCUUUUCCGUUGUCAAAGUACCCUUCUAAAACUAAAGUGCCCCUUACAGGCUCUCCUGUUUGGAUACUUGGUUCCCAAAGGAUGGCUGUUUUGAACAGUUGUUGCCUCUCUGGCAGGUGGGGGUCUAUCUGGAGACAGGAGGUUGCUACGAGCAUAGACUUUGAUCAGUGUAGUCAAGGACCUCUUCUGCUUACUCUCUGUUUCCUGACACAAGAAGAUAUAAGCAAGAUGUGCUGAGACAGGAGCAUUAUCAUGCAUCUCUGACUCGUCUCUACUGCUUGCCUUCCCUGCCUCUUUGAACUGUAUCUCCUGAACCAGAAUAAAUCACCCUCUCCUCA